UCCUAAAUCUAUAUAUAUAUAUAUAUAUAAAAGAUUUUGAAAAGUGUAUACUGAUAAGUUAAUACUCCUAAUAAUUUGGGCAUUUUGUGAAGAUGGGGAGCGUGAAAUAUGACGAUGAUGAGCAAAUAAUCGCCACUAACGACGAUGACAAAGGCUUACUAGGUGAAUCACUAUACGGUGUGGCAAGUACAAUACCAGUGAAAUUCAACAACGAGCCAAAGGUUCCAAUACAAGACACCAACUACAAGCUACUUAUAUCUCUAAUGGCGGGUAAACGAAUAAACGCCAUGAACAAUAAUUCAGCGGGAGCAGACAUUGUUAUUGUCAUAGACAUCAGCGAAAGUAUGGAACACCAAAAAUUCGAACAAAUGAAACAAGCCCUACUUUUUUUAAUCCCAAAACUUACUCCAUCUGAACGAAUAUCCAUCGUAACAUUCGCAUCAAAUCCCGAAAGGAAGUGCAAUUUACGACAAAUGACUCGAAAUUUUCGAGAAGAAAUCGAGAUUUUGGUUCGAAAUUUGAGUAUAAAUAAGGGUGGAAAUACAGAUAUUGUGUUGGGACUUAAAGAAGGGUUAAAAAUUCUAGAUGAGCGUAAGUAUUUUAGUGGGAGAUCCGGAGGUGUUAUACUUAUGUCUGAUGGAAUGCAGAUGGAUAAGGAAAAUAGGGAUCCGAUUAAGGUUGUUGUGGAUCGUUUUCCUGUGUUUACUUUUGGUUUUGGCACACAAGGAGAGUAUAAUGCUCAGGUGUUAAAUGAAAUUGCAAAAAACAGCAAAGGAGGAACAUUCUCAGUUGCAAAUUCAGGAAAUCUAAACAUUGUAUUUUCCCAAUGUUUAGGUAGUCUUCUUAGUGCACAUGUUCCGGAUGUGAAAGUAAUUCUACGUCCACUUUCAGAUAAGGUUAACAAAAGAGAGAAAGUUGAAUCCAAAAUCAUCAAAGUUUAUGCAGGAAAAUACCCACAAAUUAGGGAUGAAUCAAAUGGUGAAGUAACUAUUUCAUUUGGUAAUCUUUACCUUAAAGAAAUCCACACUCUUCUUGUCCGUCUUUUUCUUCCUGCUGUCACUGAAGAAGUUGAUCUUGAUGCUCUUGAAAUCACUUGUACCUAUAGAGGUGAAUCCGGGGAUUUGACGAGCACCAAUCCUGCUUUAUUUCGUGUGACACGAACAAUCACACCAGAUACAAAACAAAUUCAUGCAGACGACACAGACAUACUACACAAACUAAUAAUGGAAUUGAUGAAUGAAGCAAUAUACAAUUUGGAAGAAGCUCGAAAUAAGGCAGUUGAAGCUCAAAGCUUGCUCGACGAGUUUGAUCUUAAGAAGCCUAACCCAGUAAUCGAGCCACUGAAACAUGACGUAAACGAGUUGGUGAAGUAUUUACCAACCGAAGAAUAUUGCAAAAACAAUGGUCGUCGUGCUAUUAUGAGCUACUAUGGAUCGCAUAAACCCAAGCUGAUGAUGAGAAACUCGAGCUCGAUGCAGCACCAUCCUCUCUUAGUAAUCAACAUGAGAUCACGAUUGAUGGUAUCCAAAACAUUCAAAGAAGCUUCAAUCAUAAGUCCUACAUUGCUGCGUUUUUCACUUGCUUGUUGAUUUGUUUUCAUUUGAUUUCGAGUUAUGCGAAAAUCAUGAGCUUUGUAAUAAUGCGACUUUCGAAAUUUAAAUAUUUUGAUCGGAUAUUUGGUUCAAAUUUGAAAUUAUCGAACUACCUCAAGGUCGGCUUGGCUAGA